GUUAAUUUACUUCACUUCAUGCAGCCUUGGAAUAGCGUUAAUUUAGUUUAGUGUACUCAAGUCUACCAGUGGACCACAUUUAUUAAGAUCCCCUUUUUUAUGUUGCACUGUGUAGUCUUAGAAAUUUUCAGAGGUGCAUAUUGCUUCCAUUGUCAGGGCCGCAAGAACGUGAAAUCUCGCAUCCCUCAUUCCUAUUUCAAACAGAAUGAAUUAAAGAAAGCCCAGUCUUCAUUAAAUUAAAAAUUUACAAGACUUUUACUUGAUGUAUGUUAUUCAUUGCCCUGAUGUGGAGGCAUCAAGCACCUCAGAAAUGAUAGUAAACUUCUAUGAAACUACAUGGAGCAACAUCCCAGAAGACAGUCAUCUUCAUACUCAUUGCUGUGAGAACCUGAAAUCUCACUUAUUCAAAAAGUUAAGAAUUAUGCUUGAAACCUUGUUCCUAUUAAUUGAAAUGCAGAAACUUGGAAAUGGCACAAAUCUGAUAUGUUAUACAGAUUUAUUAUAAUGGAUAUACAACACCCUGCAGCAACAUUCAAUUUUCUGAAACCAGCUUAUAAUCUGGUUAUUCAGCAACCAUCAAAAAAUCACAUUUUAAAACUAACGGAACUACUUCGCAGUGUUUCUCCUUCAGCACUUCAAGUACUGCAGGAUGUAUCUCUUUUUCCAUUGCAGCUACAGCUGCAGAACAUGCAGCUUGGGUUAGAAAUAAAACGAUAUCUUGUGGAUUGCAUGAAGGAAAUCUUGCAACGUACCCAUGUAUGUGAUUUGAAGAAAUUCUUAGAACUGUACACUAUGCUAUUCUUUCAAAUCUAUGACCAGAAGAAAUCAUGUUUAGUUGGAGAUGUUCCAGAGGAACUGAAGCUUAGUGUUGUGGAAUGUGUCACAAGUCUUCUGAAACAAGCAUCUUCUGAUGUCAUCUGUGAGCUUUAUGAUAGGAAAUAUGCACCUAAAUUGGGCCAGGGGAUUUACAUAGCCAUCCAAAUGGCCCAAUGGGAAAAAUCACGUCCUCUAAGGCUCGCAGCCAUCGAGUGUGUGAUGACCCUUGCACAAGUACACGGUGAUGCAGACAGAGAUGACAUUGUUUUCCGACAUCAAGUAGGGGAUGUGUUAAUGUUCUUUCUGCCAGGAAUAGUCAGUGGUUUGCAGAGAAUUGCCACUGAUGAUGAGAAGCAAGGACAUCAGAUAACAAUGCUUGCUGUUAAAGCGUGGGCAGAGACAGUUGCUGUUGUGAUGGAAGACAGUAAUUCCUCUGAUGAUUUGGAACAUUUCAAUAUGCAAUUCAGAAUAAAUCCCACCACAACUGUCUUACAAGAAGAUCCUUUAGUAACCAAAUGGGAGGAUUGCAGUAAGGAAUCUAUGUUAAAGAGUCUACAAGAAAAGAAUCGCACCCCUGAAUGGUAUCAUGCUGCUGCAGAGAAACUGGCUGUUUCAGCAAAAGCUAUUUGCAGGGUUCAGCACCAUUCCCACUGGAAAGUGAGAAUGGCGCUGGCAUCUUCUUGUCACUUACUGCUGUCUAGAUGCUGCAGAAACCUGAAGCCAUGUGUAAUGUACCUGAUUGAAAUGCUCAUAAUGCUCUCUGAAGAUGAGUAUGAGGAUGUUGCUGCAGCAGCCACAAAGGGACUGCGGUUGUAUUCUGAGAAAUGUGAAACACACUCUGGAAAGUCUCUUCUAGAAAUCCUAGAAGACAACUUCUACAACUUGGUGACUAAACUACCUAGGAUUCUUCAUGGAACAGAUGAUGUCCAGCAAUUAUCAGCAUUGAGACUAUUGUCAGGCUACAUAAAACUCUUAGGGGUUAGUAAGCUGCCCCAUCUGUUGAGCUCAGUAUCUCAUCUAAACCGCCUGAUGUGGACUCUGAUUCAAGCCUUUGAACUUGAUAAUUCUUGUAUAUCCCUGCUAGAAGAUUACAGUUUAAGAGAUUUAGAAGUGAGUCAAGUAGAGGUAUGGACAUCCCCAUGGAAACAGUUCAAAUACUUCACAGAUCACAGUAUUCUAAAGAAAAUGGAAGAUGUAUGUUGUAUGCUUGGUCAGUAUGGAGAUUUAAGUAUUAUGAGCUAUCGCCUACUGGACAUUUUUCACAGUAACCCAUAUAAUCGUAAGGAAAUCACAUUCCUUUUAAAUGAGAUUCUGUGUGGAGGUGCCUACAGAGAAGAUACAAAUUUAGAAGACAUUAUUAGGGAAGUUUUGCAAGUGUACCUAGAACCAUCCAUUUGGUAUGUGAGUCUGAGUGUAGGGACCCAUACAAAUGAACUCCAGGAAGAGGUAUCAAUUACAUUAGGACAAGCACAGAGCAAUGUCAUACAAGCCUGUUUGCUUGUUGAAGGAGUAGGAAAGAUGGCCAGAGUUCUUGGUUCAAAAUUUGAUCAGUUUCUACUAAAGACAUUGUAUUUGGUGUUAGAACGGGCUGGCAGUGCAAAUGGGCUUGUUGUUGCUAUCAGAGACAUAAGUCAUGCGUGUGGCUAUGGCAGAGAUGUUACAGACUUGGUGCAAGCAAAUGUUGACUACUUUUCAUAUCAUGUGACCUUCAAGCUACGAAGAAUGGAACAGAAUGCUGGUGUGAUGGAUGUGUUAAACAUUGUUAUGAAGUACAGUUCUAUGGAUGUGUUGCCAUGCUUGGAGGAUAUUGUUAAAGAUGCAGGUUUCGACUUAAUCCAGACAAGAUUUUUGUACAGAUAUAUACCCCAUACACAAUACUGUAUUUAUCCAUCAACUUUGUGUCCAAAUCUAAUAUUACACUUCUCUUGGAUGCCCUGGUUCAACGAAAUGAAGAGGUUCUACACUGAAGAUAGGUGUCACUGUAUAUACACAUAAAUAAAAUAAAACAUGGAGCAG